GUGAGGUGAAAAGUUGCAAUGGCUGUUGAUAGUGAAAAGCCCCAAAACCAAAAAUUCAAUAAUAAAAUCACAGUCGAAGAGGAAUUUGAAAAAAUUCAAAUAAACGAAGUUGCGAAUUCAAAGGAAAAACAAGAUUCGGAGAAAGAUGACUUUUCUGUGAUACAAUUGGAAGACGAAGAUAUGGUGGAGGAUGUCCCUGAUACCAGCGUUUCACAAAAGCAGGCUAAUAGCUAUGCUGCUAAGAAAACCGUGGCUCAAGGAAUGAUGGAUAUUGCCCUGAUAACAGCCAACGCCAACCAACUUCGUUACAUAAUUGAAUUCAAUCGACACAGCUCGACGUUUUAUUUAAAUCUCAUUUUAAUUGUAAUUUCGUUAUUUUUACAAGUCGCUGUUGGAGUUUCCUUAAUAUUUAAGGGACGAAUGGAUUUACGCGGAGAAUCAAAGCAUCAAAAUGCAAAGAGAAUCAAUAACUACGUCGUCAUUGGCAUAUUUUUAGUCACGAUAAUUAACGUUUUCAUCGCCAGUUUCACAGUCACAAGCCAAGAAAAAUGAUAUACUUUUUUA